AUGUCUCGCAGCAAAGCGAGCAAUGCAUCCGGAGCUAUUGAGAUUCAAGAGUGGUCUCUUGCCGAACACGGCAUCGGUCCAGAUACUCCUGCAGUCAACAUCUUUACAGCCUUGCCGCACAACAGCAUCGCCAAGGCUGCUGCUAUCACCGGCAUCGGUCGCCAACGAAUCGUAGACGUGUCGCGCCGCUCUCGAGCGGCCGAUGAGGGACAAACAGAUCAGAAGGUCCAACGAUGCCAGGCGCAAAAGGAAGCAGCCUGCCUCGAGGUGGAUUUGGAGAGACUUGAGGAUGCUCUGCGGAAAGCACAGCGCGCAGAGCAGGGCGCGAUCGUUGUCAUCGGCAUGGGCGAGGUCAACACGGUGAGUCUGCAAAUCGCAGCGCUGCUGCUAACCACUGGAUGCUGAUGUGCACUUCAACGGGCACAGGGAGCUCUAUGUGGCCAAUUGCGUGAUAUCCGAAUUCUUUGUGACGAGUAUCACGCCUGGCUUCACGUCGAUGCAGGUGAGCUUCAAUGCAAGGUCAUGAGGAUGCAAACUCCUCGAGCACUAGAUGCCUGACAUGAAAAGGCCUUCGACUUCGUUUGCAAAGCUUUUGCCGCAUUUGCGUGCCUCGUGCCAGGAUUCGAGUGGGUCUCGAGUGAUCUGGACUUGGCUGACAGCAUCACGAGCGACGCUCACAAGCAGCUCAAUGUGAGGUGUCUCACCGCAAGAGAGCUGUGAUGUGUGCAAUAGUCUGACACUCUACUCUUCCGGUGGAGGGGCGCAGGUACCUUACGACUGCGGUUUGUUCUAUAGCCGACGCAAGACAGCCGCUGGAGCAGUCUCCGCUCUUAUCGAGCACGCAUCACAAAGUCCGAUAGAUGCUGUAUUUGGUCCGGGUGCAGGACCAAAGCCGGCGUAUCUGGUCGGAUCCUCUACCUCGACGAGCGAAGCAGAAGAUUCGCGCAUGCUGAGCGAAGCGGAACAGCGUCGGCAAUACGCCAUGUCACAGCCCUCGCCGCUCUUUCGCAACAUUGAGAAUUCAAGAAGGUUCAGAGCUUUGCCGCUGUACACGGCCCUCUUGUCGCAGGGCCGCAGCGGCUACGUCGCCCUAGUGAAGCGCAACGUCGAGUUCGCCAAGCGCCUUCGCCGAUGGCUCAGGCUUCACCAAGCAUUCGAGGUGCUCACUCCUGCGCCCGAUGAUAAGUUGACACCACAAGAUGCUAGCCGAGCUAGUCGUGUGCCCUGGGCGCUCGACGAGUGGGGCUACAACAUUGUCCUCUUUCGCGCUUCCCAAGCUUGUCCGAAUGCGAGACUUGCGGGAGCAGAAGGUGCAGGAAGGCUGGUAGAGGCAAUCAAGAAAACUGGCAAAAUGUACGUCAGCGGCACCUCGUGGAACGGCAAAGGCGCGGUGAGAAUAGCUGUCAGCUCAUGGCUGACAGGGCUCGAUAAAGAUCGCAAGGAAUCAGACGAUGACUUCAACAUUGUGACAAGCACCCUCGAGGAAGUCAUCAGGCAAUAG